CCGCAGCUGCUACCUUUUGUUUCUAUACAAACAACCAACUUUCAAUCAAUUAUCAUCCUCAAUUGACCCUCAAGCGACCGUCAAAAUGGUGUUCGCCUGGAAAGCCGCAGGUUUAACCUACAACCGCUACCUCGCCGUCGCAGGCCGUGUCGUGCGCCGAAGCUUGAAAGAGGAUAAGAGAAUCGCUGCUGAGCGUCGAGGAGAGAUGGACCUACGAUUCGCCAAGUGGGAGAACGGCAAGAUGGGCGACCAGAAACCUUUAGCCGAAGCCAAUAUACUCCGAUGCUUGACAGAAACGAGUUCCAGGAUUUGGGAGAGUCGGAUGCAUAUGCGGAUGCGAAUAGACGGAAUAGACAGGAAGGACGGUAAUGAAUAUUAUUCCGCCACCUCGUGUACAGCUGUAUAAAAAAACAACAUCAAUCCGAAUUGGUCCUCCUCAUUUCUAUAUGAAAUCAAUACUCAAACCCUUACGUCAAUGUUAAAUGGUGAUGGUGUGAGGCCUAUGAUUAUUUGA